AUGCCGGUGCGCUUUCCCUUCGCUGCCCUCGCCAUAUGUUCCGCACUUUCCCUCCUCCUCUUCUACCAUUCUGGCCCAGAUAUUGCUUACACGCUCUCCCCACAAGGAUGUCGUAUGUCAUGGAUGUCGCCUUCUUAUGUCCUCCAGUCCGCCUUUGAUGACAGCUGGUCUCCUUUCGCCUCCCGCUACUCUCUCUUUCUAUACCGCGAGGUCGGGUGGGAGUCGCCUGAGAUGAACCCGCCGGCAGCGCAGCUGCAUGGUUCCCCCGUGCUUUUCAUCCCCGGAAACGCAGGGUCGUCCCAUCAAGUCCGGUCCAUAGCCUCUUCUGCGACUCGCCAAUUCUUCUCCUCUCCGUAUCAUAUAUCCCCUGAAUUCGCUAAGAAUGGCCGUAAAGCCUUGGAUUUUUUUGCCCUCGAGUUCAACGAGGAUCUGUCGGCCUUCCAUGGUUCCACUCUUGAUGCAGAAAUCAGAUACGCUCGAUCCGCAAUUGACUACAUACUCUCCUUGUACGCGGCUGGUUCACAGCCUGCCACCAUAACCGUACUCGCACACUCAAUGGGCGGAGUCGUCGCGACCGCUCUACUUCCCCACUCUAAUAUCUCUGCGCUAAUCACCAUGUCCACACCGCACACCCUCCCGCCUGCACGCCUCGACCGACGGAUUGAGGCAAUCUACUUCUCGAAUCAAGAUGUGCUACUGUCUGAUUCGACGCCCAUCCUCUCGUUAUGCGGAGGUGCUACAGACCUCAUGGUACCCGCGGAGUCGUGUAUUUUGCAUGAACCGCUGUCGGAGACCGACGGGCAUGCGGAUAUAUCCCUUCCAUAUCGAAGGACAGUAUUCACAAGUGCAUUGGAAGGCGCAUGGACAGGCGUUGGACAUAGGGAGAUUGUAUGGUGCCAUCAGGUGCGAUGGCGUAUCGCAAGAGCCGCGCUGGAGCUCGCUACCGUAUCCUCCAGAGUUGAACGAGAAAACGUGCUUGACAAGUGGUUGCGCGAUGGACACAUGCUACCUCCGGCCUCGCCUUUCGAUACCGGUUUGGACUUGAAUACGCUACGUGAAGAUGAAAUCGAGUACCUAGAGACAUUGACGCCUCUUGUGCUUUCCGGACCCACGCACUCUCGCACCUAUCUCCUUCCCAUCCCGCACUCUGCGCUGAGGAUCAGUUUCACACUUUACCUCUCUCGUGGCUCAUUAGCGCCAAUCGCAUCUCACACACCGCUGCCCCUCCGAAUUUCUGUUUUCCAUUGCCAAGGUAGUGCAUGUACAACGUUGAAACCGACCACACUGAAGCUCGUGCCGGAGCCUAUCCCGAAUAAGCCAUUCCCUGCGCCUGAUGAGGGGGCCGAUGAGAGCGAAGGUGUGAUCGUCUUUGGUAGCGAAGUGUCAGGAGGGACGCAUAUAGCGAUACGAGUUGAGGGAGCAGAUGGGCGAGGAUGGGUUGUUGCUAACUACGACAAUCCGAACUACGUGGUCAGUGAUGUAGGACCAUUGGGUCUGAUAUUCUCCAAAGCGAAUGUCGUACUGCAGGAGGAUUCUCUGAGGACAGACAUGCAUUUUCCUCGCCUACUCUCAAAUGCAUUGCUGGUGUAUCGGGCUGUGCCCGUAUUUAAGGAUUCUUCCUCUUGUGCAGAUGCACUUCUUCCACCCUUACUGCAGCAUACCUCCCAUCCCUCCGAAACGCAUUAUUUCCGUCUCGUUGCUCAAGAACCCAGUCCUCGGCCAAUUCUCCUACACUCACACGCAUCCGGACCAUUCCUCUCCUCUGAUAUCAAGCAUCCCAUUUUCAGUACCGGAUGCAACCUGACGAUAUAUUCGUCUAAUGAGCAGAAGUGCGCUGUGAGUAGCAUAGAAAUCUCCAUUGAUUGGUGGGGAACGCUUGGGCGAUGGGGAUCCCGUUAUGCGCAGGCGGCGGUUACUUGGGGGGGAGGGGUGUGCGCAUUACUUAUAUGCUCUUUCUGGGGUGUAAGCCCGUAUAUUACAGCAGCAACCUCAGUCACGCAGUCCCUCCAUCACUUCAUCUCACAUACUUUUCCUCGGCUGCUCUUGGCUUCUGUCCUCGUCUCCUUGCUUCCAUUACCCGUCCCAUUCUGGGUGGGAAACGCAGGCGAGCCUAUCUUCGUGGCUGUGGCGCCUAUCCUGGGAAUAACCGCUGUGGGCUUGGUGGUAAUAAGCUGGAUCGUAUUGCGGAUCUCCGUGAGUGCGGCGGCAUGGUUUUUGAAAAAAGUGGGUAAUGUGAGAAGAGAAGAUCUGAGCCAUCGCAGCAGUGCCCUUAUCUCUAUGGGGUUUGUGUUCCUCCUGAUAUUCGUGAUCAUACCAUGGCAGGUAGCCUUCCUCGGGGCGUGGAUAUACCAUUUCUACACCUGCGCUGUGCAUUUCACAUCUGCGUCGCCGAUACAGGCAUCUUCCAACUCCAGUGAAACAAUCUCCCUCAUGCCCCGCCUUCACUCGUCGCCGUCGAGGUUGUCGAUUUCAUUGGAAAAUUCACAAUCACCUGAAACACAACUUCCUCCUUCGCCAUUGCCGCCGCAACGUGUAGCGUCGUUAUAUCCCUCUGCCGAUGGCUCUGCUGGGAACGAACAACUGCACUUGCUCCUGCUGAUGACCUGGCUCCUGCCGAUCGUUGCACCCGUACUUGCUGUCUGGGUCCGUACAGUAGGGAGCUCGGGAAUCCGCGCUAUAUGGGGAUCCGGGUCGGGUUGGGGCGCAGAUCGGAACGUGUUUGUUGUUGCGCCAUGGUUAAUCACGGUAGAAUGGGCAAGUGUCGGCGGUGAUUUUAUAACUGCAAGAACCGGCGCUGCACGCGUUUCCGCGAGACUUGGCAUGAUUUUGCUCGCAAUAGUAGCCUUCUUUGUGGGACCGCGUCAGGCAUUCAUCGUGUUGGAAGUGUCGAGCGCCGUCUUAACUUUGGUGCUCGUGCACAAUGUGGGUCCACGGUAUUGGGGAGGUCUGGGCUGGAACCUGUAG